UCCGGAGUCUCAGAAAACGCACGUGAAACUGUUUUCUAAACACCGUUUUGAUUCACAGAAGCGUUGUCAUGCCAAUGUGGUGAUGGAAUUCUGUACAGAAUUAGCUGUUUUUCAGUCUGCGGCAAAAUUUGCAACGUUAAAGUUUCCAAAACCAGCUGGCAUUACGGAUUCAGAAGAAGUGCGAAAAUUCACUGACUUGAUAUCACCUGCUGUCCGUGAGAUCCUAGAUGGCCUGGACCAUGAACGCAGCCUCAUGGACAGAAAUGUGUGGAGCUUGAAGCUGCUGUCAUUCCUGCUAACACAUGUCUUGAAAAAUAUUGACAACAAUGACAAGCAGGUUGACGCAGUGAGAUCAUGUGAGACUUCUCACUGUAUUGACCAAUCUCUGGCUGAGGUAGAGGCACCGUUUGUUGCUGACAAGAAGGGCAGCAGAUCAGCUGAUCACAUUUUUCAGCAUUUCCCAUGCUUAAAUCUAGCUAUCCUGUUUGAUCUUGUUAAGAGAUUCAAAUGGAACGGGCAUCUGCUUGAGUGUUUGCAAGUCCUGGACGAAUCUCAAGCAGCAAUAGUUGUCACCUCCAUUAUUGAAGAGAUUAAGUCAUCAGAUGAUCCCAACAAUCUUGAACUUGUGGUCACAUGUCAGAAAUACCUCAUGUGGUUGGUGUUCAAGUCGGCCAAUCAAACAAAUGGCCAACUUAAUGUUGCCAUGAUCAUGAAACUUACUGCAGAUUGGUUUUGCCAACAUUUGAAUGAGAUUUAUCUACAAGAGUUAGAAACUAAAAGAUUAUUAACUGAAGUGAUUCAUAUACUUGUCUUUCUUGGAUGUGUUUGUUGUAAUGAAGUCUGUGAAACUAAGUUGAGAACUUUGCUUUUAAAUUCAGAACUGGAAAAAGAUAAAACUGUUGUUCAUCGAGAGGCAACAAGGGUUUUAGGACUUUUGAAAAAGUCACUAACUGGACAAGAUCAUGAAAAUACAUUUUCAGAAAUACUACAGGGGAUUCAUGAAGGAUUUCAAAAGCAAGCAUGGUUGGAGAUAUUAGCAUCCUUUCUAACACACUUGAACAGUGAAGGAGAGAGCCAGUCAGAAAGAACUGCUGCAUUAAUGGAAGACAUAGCAAGGGAGACAACUCUAGACCUUGGCAUAAUGGACUUGAAUGUGACUUCCUUUUAUGAGAGGUUACUUGAUACAAUUAAGACUGAGAGGUAA